AUGAACAAGGAAGAGGUCGACGAGGCUUUCAAUGACUCGUUGCUCAAGAUUAACAAGGAGCUCAAUAUCUUCAACGGGUUAUGGCCCCAUAGGCCCGAUGGGGACAAGCUUUUCCGGCGCAUCAUCGUGCUUACAGUUUUGAUAAGCGUUACUUUGCCUCACGUUCUCGGAAUGUUCAUACAAUGUGGAAGGAAUAUGGCUUUGUGCGGAGAGAACAUUUGCGGAUUCUGCUACUGCAGUGGGGUCAUUGCCAAGUUUAUCGUUCCAAUCGUGUCCAAAGAGAAGUUCAUUACUUUAUACGAGAAAAUAGCGCUUAACUGGAAGGAAAUAACUGAUCCGUACGAACAAUCGAUUUUAGAAGAAUUUUCAAAGUUGGGGAGAUUAAAAUCUUGGCUCUAUUUCGUUUAUUGCGCAGUGGCUGGUUUUGCCUUUUGCCAGAUGACCGCGUUACCAGCGCUGAUGGACAUAAUUCUACCUCUCAACGAAUCACGGCCAAAAAUUUUGGUGACAAAAGCUGAAUACCCUUUCGAUCCUUUCGAAUAUUAUUACGAGCUUUACUUCCUCUACUGCACUGCAGCUGUCGUAAGCGUCAGUGUGCUUGCGUCGACUGAUUCGACGUACUCGGUGAUCAUACAUCAGAGUUUGGGGAUAUUCGGAAUCGUUAAUCAUAGGCUGCAGAAGGCAGCGAAGCAUAAAAAUCAAGAAGAAUCGUACAGAGUGAUGGUUUCAGCAAUUGAAUUACACAAAUCCGCUUUGGAAUUUCUUGAACUAAUCGAGUCCACUUAUCAAAGUGCCUUUCUGAUAUUCAUAUUCGUAACGGUCGCGUUUCUAAGCUUUGGCUCACUUAUCAUCGUCGAACACUCGGAAGAAAUCAUUGACUUGAUAAGAAUGACACUGAUAGAAUUCGGUGCCAUGAUUCACAUAUUUUUCAUCAGCUGGCCAGGACAAUUAGUUAUUGAUCAUAGCGAGAAUUUGUUCUUAUCGACAUAUACUACUAAAUGGUACAACAUGUCCAAGAAAGGAAAAAUGUUAUUGCUGUUCAUGAUGAUGAGAUGCCUCAAGCCCAGCUUUUUAACAGCUGGGGGAUUUUAUAUUAUGAACUUUGAAAAUUAUGGAUCAAUAGUAAAGACUACCUUGUCAUACGUGACGGUUGCAUUGUCUUUUCACUAA